AUGUCAACAGAUUUAGUACCAGAAAAUGCCUUUACUCGAAUUGUGAUAUUGUAUGUUAUGGUAGCAGGUGCUAUAUUCCUUCCCUCGAAUCUAUCAGAACUUCUUGACCUUAUUAGGCAAAAAUCCAAAUAUUCUCAUUCAUAUAAACCUGAAUCUAAUAUAAAACACAUUGUUGUCACUGGAAGUUUUGAUGAAACCAGCUUGUAUGAAUUUCUACGUGAAUUUUUUUGUCAAGAUCAUGGUUUGGCCACAAUGAGUACUGACGUUGUUGUGUUAAAUCCUGAAGAGCCAGAAGAGAAUAUUGCAUUAUUGCUAGAAGAUCCUGCAUUUACAACCAGAGUACAAUAUGUUAAAGGGUCAGCAACUUUACGUCGAAGUCUUGAAAAAGUUAGGAUUGAUAUUGCCAGUGCAGUAUUCCUAUUAUCUAAAAAAUUUUCUAAAAAUGAUGAUGAAGACGAUGCAGCACAAAUCUUAAGAGCAUUGGCUAUUAAAAAAUACAAUAAUAAAAUACCAUUAUAUGCUCAAAUCCAUUCACCUGUAAAUGUACCACAUUUUGAUUUCUUGGCCAAAGAUAUAAUUUGCAUAGAUGAAAUAGCCAUGGGAUUAAUGGCUCAAAGUUUAAUAAUUCCCGGUUUCUCUUCACUCGUUGUAUUGUUGACAACUUCUAUCACUAAAAAAAUAGCAAAUAAAUUAACUCAAAUUUAUGCUGUGACAUUUUCAAAGGAUUUUAUUGGUAAAACUUUUCUAGAAUGUUCAAAACUAGUUUAUAAUCGACUAGGGGCAGUUUUAUUUUCAAUUGGAAUUUAUAGAAUAGCACAAAGUUCCAAGGAAUCAUUUAAACAAUUACCACCAAGUGCCUCACCAUUUCAAAUAUUUUUAAAUCCGCAAGAUUAUGUUAUAGACGGAAAUGAAAUUGGUUUUGUAGUUUGUGGUAAUGCUGAGAUAACUGUUAAAAUGGCUCAAUUUGUUGAACAUGUUCAAAUCCCCUACUAUCACAGAGGCUUGUCUUAUAUAACUCAGUCUGCACGUGAUUUAUUUACAAAGAAAAACGGUAAAAGUAGUAACAUCAAUAAUGAUACACCAACUGAAAAUAAUUUGGAACACACAAAAUUACAAAUUCCGGCUGCUACUUCAAAUGUAAUUGAUUCAGAAAUAGUAAGAAAUAAUAUAAAUAAUGCAGCAGCUUAUUGUUUUAAUGAAAAAUCAGAAAUUCCACAUGUUACGGAUCAUGUUUUAAUUUGUAAUCACAGCGAAGAUUUUCCUGUUAACCUUGACAUCUUUAUGAUGGUUCUUCGUGGAAAAAAUUCUACCAUCAAAGACGCACCAAUAGUUAUCUUAUCUCCUAAUGAACCUGACGAUUAUCAAAAAAGGUCUUUGUCAAAAUUUAGUCCUGUCUAUUUUAUUAACGGAUCUCCUUUAAAAAGAAAAGAUUUGUAUAAAGCAAGAGUUCAUUAUGCAAAAAAAUGCGUUAUAUUAAGUGAUUCCCUUAGAUAUGAAGAAUCUUCUAACGGAACUGCAGAUGCUGCCUCGAUAAUGAUUGCUUUGAAUAUUGAAUCCAUGGCAGCACACGAAGAAUGUUUCGUGAUUGUAGAGUGUAUUUAUCGUGAAACAUUUAAGAUGAUUGGUGAAAGUGAUUCUGUAAAAAAUAAACAAGAUGAUAAUGCACUUUUACGACCAUCCUUUAUGAGUGGAAAUGUAUUUACACCUAGUAAUUUAGAUACUUUACUUUGUCAAUGUUUUUAUAAUAAACACAUUCCAGUUAUUGUAAAGCGUCUUAUAUUCAGUCAUGAUCCUGGUAAUAAAAAGUUAACUCCAAAAGUUACUAAUGUUCAAGAUAAUGAAUGGCAAAGUUUAAAAAUUGGAUCUGGUCAAAUGUUUCAAAUUGAUGUCCCUUCUUCAUUUUUUGGCAAGGAAUAUCAUUUAUUUUAUGAUUUCUUGAUUCAAGAACAUAAAGCUGUGCCAUUAGGACUUUACAGGCUUACUCAACAUAAAGGUGGUCAUCUAAGAUACAUUUAUGUCAAUCCUAAAGCUGCUACAAUCCUUAGAGAUGAUGAUAGAGUUUACAUAAUCUCUGAUAAUGCUCCUGAUUUUAAAUAA